UGACAAUCAGCUAAUUUUUUGACUAGGCUGUAAGGAUUGUGCCUAUAGUUUUCAUAAAGCAGUGGAAGGACAUGGUAUCUUGAUUCGAAUGAACGUAUUACAACUUUAUUGCUUUGAUUGUAACAGACUGGUAAUGAUCACCCUAAGCAACUGAUAGAUCUGUCUACUCAUCGUAUUUUAUAGCUGGGUGAAAUGCGAGGAGAUGCUAGUGAAGCCUAUUACGUCAAUCUGUUGUUAGAGGCAUUGACCCAUGAUAGUGAGAAAGGUAGAGAAGCAAUGAGAAAUAGAAAUCGAUGCAUGCAAGAACGCGUACUCUAUACCGAGCAAGCCGAUCGUUAUGCGGUCUUAACAAAAGAAAGAUACUAUUUCGUAGACAGAUUAUGGAUGUGCUCGUGGUUUCUGCGUUUAUGCGAUGGUAAAUUAGGUGAGGGCCCAGUGGCGAAUGACAGUUUGGAAGAUCCCGAAAAUCCCGGUAAACUCAACCCCCAUUCACGACCACGUGGAUCCUUCAAGGGUGGAUUCUCUAUUGUCACUCCAGAGUUAUGGGAUUACCUUGUCAAAACAUAUGGUUUAAAGGGUGGCACUUAUACUUCAGGUAUAUUCCUAUAUAAUUAUCAUCAUGUUUAUGUAUUUAUGCUUUAAUGCUAUAGAUGACAUCAAUGGUCCUGAAUAUAAAGAAUUGAGAGAUGCUA